ACAUUAUUGGGUUAAAAUCCCACGAUUGUCAUGUCAUUAUGCAGCGAGUACUAGCGGUUGGUGUCCGUAAAUUUCUACCUCGUGACACUGCAACAACUAUUACUCAGCUGUGUAAUUUUUUUCGACAGUUAUGCUCUAGAACUCUAAAUGUAAAAGAUAUGGAGGAUGCUCAAAAUAAUUUAAUUCUGUUAUUGUGCAAGAUGGAAUUGAUUUUUCCUCCAGCUUUUUUUGACAUAAUGAUACACUUGGUAUUGCAUUUGCCUGAAGAAGCGAUAUUGGGUGGCCCGGUCUUUAUGAGAUGGAUGUAUCCUUUUGAAAGGUACAUGAAAAAAUUGAAGAAUUAUGUGGGAAACAAGGCACGUCCUGAAGGGUCAAUUGCAGAAGGUUAUGUUGCUGAUGAGGCAGUAACCUUUUGUUCAAUGUACUUUAAAGGGUGUGAAACAAGAUUUAAUCGGCUUGAUCGAAAUGAAGAUGCGCCUUCUGUUUGUCGCUAUCUCUCAGUUUUUAAUUCUCAAUCUCGUCCUUUAACUAGCGGACUUAUCAAGCCUCUUGAUCAUAUCAGUCGUGAAAAAGCUGAGUGGUACAUUCUUCAAAAUUCUCCUGAAAUCCAAGCUUACUUAGAUGAACAUUUGGACAAGAUCAGGCAUGAAUAUCCUAAUGGUAAUCACGAUGUCUUGCAUAGGCAAACUUUCCGUCCGUGGUUUCAUAAGAAGAUAUAUGAGUUGCACAAGCUUGGAACUUUACAAAAUGGUGAUGAGUUACUCGCUCUCGCUUCCGGGUCCGAUUACUUAGCAACAUUUUACGAAGGUUGUGUAGUGAAUGGUGUUCGGUUUAUUGCAUCAAAGCGAGACCAAAAGCGGAAGACACAAAAUAGUGGUGUUACUGUUGCUGGAACUGAAGGGUUUAAUUAUUACGGCACACUUGAAGAUGUAAUCACUAUAUCUUAUACUGGUGCAUAUACAGUGUCAUUGUUUGAAUGUAAAUGGUAUAACACUAAUCCAUUAAGAAAGAAGACAAUCACUGAAAAUAAUAUAACUAGUAUAAAUACUCGUGGAUAUUGGUAUCAAGAUGAACCGUACAUCCUUGCUAACCAGGCGAAGCAAGUUUUCUAUCUUGACGAUCCACUCAGAGGUCGCGAUUGGAAGGUUGUUGAAGAUAUUAGCCAUCGACAAAUUUGGGACAUUACUGACAACGAAGAUGAGACUGAUGUAGAUGUUGUUAGUGAUUCUAACUCUGCCAAUUUUGUGUUGACGGUUGAUCUUGGAGAGUUGAUUAUGCAAUCGAAUGAACCUCCAGUAAUUGUUGAAUCGUCCGAUCAGUUAGUGGAUUCUGAGAUAGAGAACAAUGACCUUGAUGAAAAUUAUGUUGCUGAAGAAGUAGAUGAUUUACUAGUUGAACAUGUCGAGGAUGAAAAUGUAAACAUAGUGAAUGAUGGAAAUGAUAGUGAUUCUUCAGUGUAACUUUUAUUUUGUAAACAUUUGUUACUAAAAUUUUUUACAAUUAAAGGACUAUUUAAUUUCUUU